AUGUUUCAUAUUUCUACGUUUCUUGUUGUGACGUAUCCGGAUGGUACUAAGAAGACUGUAGUAUCCACGGUAACAGUGACUUUAAAAGGAAAUAGUCAAGACUCCCCAGGUUGUAAAGCACCCCAGGAUACUACACAACCUCUGGGAGGAGGAGGAUCUCGCGCGCCAAGCUCGAGCUCAAAAGCUGGCUUUUCAAAGCAAGCCCUCGAUGCACACAACAAAUACCGGGCCAAGCAUCAUGCACCACCACUGAAAUGGUCCGAUGAGAUUGCAAAGGACGCGCAGGCCUGGGCAGAAAAGUUGGCACGUGCCCGUAGCCUUCAGCACGCUUCUCAGUCAGAGCGUAAAGGGACUGGUGAAAACAUCGCCAUGUUCUCUGGGAAGUUUGAAUCAGCGGGUGAUGAGGCAACAAACAUGUGGUAUGCCGAGGUUAAGGAUUACAGAUUUGAUAAGCCAGGUUUCCAGGGCAACACGGGGCAUUUUACGCAGGUGGUUUGGAAGGAGAGUAAAGAACUGGGAAUGGGUAGAGCCCAGACUGCUGAUGGUCGUUUGACGUUUGUUGUGGCAAGGUACAAGCCUCCAGGAAACUUGCUGAAUCAUUUUCAGGAGAACGUUUUCAAAGGGUGAACUAAAAGAAAAACUCUCUUGACCCAUUUAGAUGUGACUCAAUCCAUCUGUGAAAGCAUUUAAAACUCGAAAUAUUGAAAUAUUACUGAUGUACUUGUCCAUCUACCGAAUUGCAAUAGUUGUGCAGUGUAAUUUUUCUCUGUAUGCAGUACAGUGUGAAUGUCUGGGUACAGUUUAGACCAGCAAAUGUACCACUAUAGUACUAUAAAAUUUUAUAUAUGUAUAAAAAAAGAAUUAAGAAACUGUCAAAAAAAAAUCAAAAUACUUAAGUGCAUUAAGCAGCUCCGUUCAAUGGCUACAUUCAUAGUAAUGGGCAAUGUAAAGAAUAAGGGAAAUCAAAUUGGCUGUAGGAAUGUAGAGAGUAAAAUGAUGGAGAGUCAAAAUAAAUGUGCAGGGAAAGCUCGAGAUGAAUAUGUAAACAACAUCUAACAUCAUCGAAAUACAUCAGCUACAUAUUAUCUAACCAAAAUAUAUGGUGUUGGAAGACUGGUGACAGUAAAUAAUUAAAAAUGGGAUUUACCAAGUGAAAUUUAAAAGAUUACAUUAAAAAAGUAGAAAGGAAAGAAAAAGAUAAG